AUGGUGUGCAUCCGGGUACUUGCGGCAAGAUGUGUAACCGUUCAACUUCCGUGCGAGUCUCUGGUGGAAAACGCGCACAUCGACGACAUGAAUCCAGCAAGCAACUCGGACGAUCCAAGCGCGCCAGGAGGAGGAGGAGGUUUCUCCCCAGAAUCGUACGAUGCAUCUUUCCCCUUGGAGGAAGGCAUGGAGAGGCCCGCGUCCUGCCAGCACGGCCAGCACAUGAUGGACGAGCCCGGCGCGCAGGAGGCGACUCCCUCGCUGUACGGGCCCUUCAUCCUGGUGUCCAAUUUGCGGGCUCACCUCUAUGUGGCGCUGGAGAAGAACGCCUGGCUACAGCGGCGCAUCGAGGAGCUGGAGGAGGAGCGCAACUUCCUGCGCUGCCAACUGGAUCGCCUCAUCGUGGGCGUGCGGGGGGGGCUGGAGGGUGAGCAGGGGUGGUGCGGGGGCACUCAGCGCGGUGUGACGAUUCAGACUGAUGGACCCGCUUGCCCCCCCUCUCCCAUGACCACCCGCUCUGGACUGAUCCGCAAAGGCCUGCCGGGCCCUGUGCUGCUAUCUCACCACGGGCCCGCCAUCCCCGUUAAGCAGGAGAUUCGCCUGAAGGAGGAAAGGUUCUACACGGACGAGGAGUACCUGGAGGAGCAGGAGGAAGAGGGGGAGGAGGAUGAGGACGAAGGGCAGGACUCUUUGCUGGAGGUUGGUAGCGCCACAAGGAAGGGCCGCGGCGUGAAAAUGAGGAGGAUCUUCCGCAUCACGCACAGCAGGGAGAGGCAGAGAGUCAAAGACCCGGAAGGGGUUCUGAUCCGCUAUAAGAAGAUCCUGACAACCUACCAGCGCGUGAGGAGCAUGUCCCGAGCGUUCCAGAUCCACGGGGUGGACCGCAACACCAUGGCCUCCACCUCGCCCAUCGCUGAGCUCCUGCUGGUGGCACCGGAUAAGAUGGACGUGGUGGGCGAGUUUGAGGCGGUCAAGGAGAAGCUGCUGGACUACGCCAGGCGCUGCUACAAAAUCAUGGAUGAGCAGACGCACGUCAAAGUGGAGAAGAUGAAGAAGAAUCACAAGCUGCUGCCUAUCUCCUACCGCUUCAGAAACUAACCAGAAGACAAUUGGUUGCGCUGAUUUCCUCCAAGCUGUCACAGGAAGCCACUUUAGGGUUUCCUUUCUUUUUAUUUGCACAAACUUUGCUCCGUUUUGUCCGGCUCCAAGUCCAGGACAAAUGGUGAGAAGUGUUAAAGGGCCGUUUGAUUUCUUCGUCAAGUUUGCACGGCACAGGUUGUGUACUUCGGGAAGUCGGAAGAGCAAAGAUGUCGGAAACUGUAUUUAAGUUGUGGGGUCGUCAUCGUCGUAUACGAAUA